GUCGUCUUCAUGCUAAUGAUCAUCAACAAGGCCGGCGGCCUGGUCUACAACCGCGAGUUUCACCCCGGUUUGAACAAGCUUCCCAGCAACGACCUGCUCGUCCUGGCUGGGACCUUCCACGGAGUCCACGCUAUCACGCGCUCCCUGACCCCCGCCUCACUUCUGCCUGACAGAAACGCCCUCCCGACGAGCACCGGCACCUUGCCCUCACUUCGCCCGCAGCCCUCUGGCCUUGAAGUCUUAGAGACAGCCAAGUUCCGCCUCCUCUGCUUCCAGACCCUCACCGGCACAAAGUUCCUGCUCUUCACCGAGCCCACCCAGCCCAACACCGACGCCAUCAUCCGUCGCAUCUACGAGCUCUAUGCCGACUUCGUCACCAAAAAUCCUUUCUACACUGUCGAGAUGCCCAUUCGUUGUGAGAAGUUUGACAGAAGCCUGGAUGCUUUCGUGAGAAGCCGAGCUUGA